AUUCGUGUAAAUCCAAACGUCCAAACACCACAUCAGCAACAACGUGCGCAUCUAUAAAGUACACUUCGCCGUCGUUGUGGUCAGACAAGAUGAACCUGGAGGAGUACUUCCAAAGAAUCGGCUUCCGCAGCCCACGGGACAAAGCGGAUCUGGCCACACUGAAGCUGAUCCACAAGCAUCACGUCUUGUCGAUCCCCUUCGAGAACCUCAACAUUCACUGCAGUGAGAGGAUCAUCAUGGACCUGGAGGUCGUCUUCGACAAGAUAGUGAGACGGAACCGUGGCGGAUGGUGCCUUGAGAACAACUUCCUGUUUUCCUGGGUGCUGAGGGAACUGGGCUACAGCCCGACCAUGUUGUCCUGCAGGGUUUUCAGCGGCUCCGCCGGGGAUUUUGGACCCUACGAUAGUCACCUCGUCAACAGGGUGGACAUUGAGGGCGCGACUUACAUAGCAGACGUGAGCUUCGGGGUGUCGUCGCAAAUAUGGGAGCCGCUGGAGCUCGUCCACGGGAAAGACCAGCCUCAGGCGACUGCGGUGUUCCGUCUCCUGGACAAGGGAGAGGUCUGGGUUCUAGAGAAAACGAGCAGAAAGCCGGUGAUCCCGAACCCGGAGUUCGCCAGCACCAGUCUGGUAAACAGGAAGUUGACAAAUACGCUGUACUGCUUCACAAUGACACCCCGUGCGCGCGAGUACUUCUUAGACGUCAACGAAACGCUCCAGACGGACCCGAGCACGCUCUUCACCAACAAGUCCAUCUGCUCCUUACAAACACCCUCGGGUUUCAGGGCCCUGAUUGGCCGGACCUACAGCGAGGUGGUCUUCAAACCCGAGGACGGCGUCAACGUCUUCGAUAUGAGGGAUGUGCCCGAAGACGAGGUGGAGCAGGUUCUGAGGGAGAAGUUUAACGUCCGCUUGCCAAACAAACUACAACCUCUCAACAACCCGUAUUCGUGCACACUCUGAGGCCGUUAUUCCCAGGGGCGGAGCACCAAAUUCUGGGCCCCCAUACACAAGACUCCAACAGGGCCUGUCCUAAACCCAACGCCACCGCCCCAUACUCACACCCUUGGUAUAUUUACAUGCACUAAGAACUAAAUAUUGCAUGGAUUAGGUUGGAACCAGCUUUUUAAAACACAUGUAAAAUUAGGUUUUGGACUUUUUGAAGAUGGGAUUAACAUAUCUAGAACAUGUCUCGAAUUUAUCUCGAUAAACCCACAAAAUAAUUGUUUUUUUUACAGAAAAGUGCCAACACAUUUAAUGUAAAGUGGCCAGUAUAUAAUUUUAAAUAUUCAUUGAAACCUUCCCAGCAGGCACAAGACUUUAAAACCUAGGUGUCAAAGUCAAGGCUUAAUAAUCUAUGGCCCCCGGGAUGAUUGUCAGGCUUGGUAAAAAGGAUAGGACUCAGAUGCAGAAUAGGUAACUUAGAUUGGCUUUUAUUUUGACAGCUUCCUUUCACCUCCAAAGUCAAGGAAUACAAUAUCUAUUUUAACCAAAAACUAAUCGGCAAAAAAGGUUAAAAAAAAAUAGGAACAACCAAAAAUCACUCCGAACGGAGGAAAACACAAAAGCAAAGACAAACUAUAAUUGGCGCCGUAUAUGCUAUAAAAUGUAUAAACAAAAAACACUCCAACAGGAGGAAGAAACAACAGCUAUAAAAAAUUCUACACUAUCUAAUCUAAUAAGUUUUUAACAAAAAUUGUCACUCAAAAAUUUGAGGAAAGAAUGAAAAAUAACUGAAACUCACCACUUCGGCUGAAUAAACUAAAUAACAAAAAAAUCACUCUGCUGAGGAGGAAGAAAGGACAACUCAAAAUAGCAACGAAGGGAUUCAGGAUCAAGGAACUUAAUCACAAGACGAGGCAAGGCAAGACAAGGCAUGGACAGGGACAUGGAUGCUAGAGAGUACGAAUAAACGAAACAAUCUGGCACAGAACAAAGGGAGGAGUGGGCUUAUAAGACACAUGAGGGUAAUAGGGAACAGGUGGAAACAAUCAGGGAACCGGGAUGACGUCAGACUGAUGACACAAAAGGAAGGGCAAGUGACCUGAAACGAGAGGAGAGUUACUUUUCAAACUAAAACAUGCACAUCACAAGACAGAAAAAAACAAGACAAGACAUCCCUCACCGCGGUGUGACAAUGAUAUUUGAUUAGUAUUAGUGUCAGGUUCAAACACUGAUGACAUUUAUUAAACAAGACAAGAAGCAAGCAGAAUUCAAUUUUGCUCAAUUGAGGAGAAACGUGUCAACCUGUAACCUCUUACAGUGUCACCCACGUUCCGACGAAAAAGGUUUACGUCUCCUCCUUUAUUUGGACACUCCCUGUUUACACAACAACAUCUGCUUCCAAAGGAAUGGGGAGUAUGUAAACAAUCAUUGUUUUCGGUCACAUUGAAAACAAAAGAAAAAGAUGCCUAGGGCUUGGGCUAGUCCUGGAUUCAGCUCGAUCAGCUCUUCGAUGACAAUAGAUAACCCCCUCCCGUCUCAUCCCAUCGUACACAAUGGAAUUUUCCAAGCCUUUGCUUGGUGCAACAAAAACAGCCUCUUGUCUGUUCAUUGGGAACUCAGAGAACGGAAUUUUUUUUGAUAAUUUACGUACAAUUUUCCUGAUAAGUAGAACCGGCCGGCAGGCUGCUGUUUUGCACGCUCCAAUACUCCAUUCCCCACAAUGCAACGGUAGCCCGCGAACUCACUACAGCACCGCAAGUGGGCCUCGGCUUCAUUAUUCAUCAGCAUUCAGGGCAGAUGUCAACUUUCAGCAACUCCCUCCCCAAUAAUGGCUAAACGGAAGGUGGACGGUGAGAACAGGGGGUUUCAAGCCAGGUGAGAGGCAGAGCACAUGUUCACGGAGGUAAAAGGCAAACCUGUAUGGAGAAAGUAGUGUUGUCCCGAUACCAAUAUUUUGGUACCGGUACCAAAAUUGUUUUGAUACUUUUAGGUACUUUUCGAUACUUUUCUAAGUAAAGGGGACCACAAAAAAUUGCAUUAUUGGCUUUAUUUUAACAAAAAAAAUUAGGGUACAUUAAACAUAUGUUUCUUAUUGCAAAUUUGCCCUUAAAUAAAAUAGUGAACAUACAAGACAACUUGUCUUUUACUAGUAAGUAAACAAACAAAGGCUCCUAAUUAGUCUGCUGACAUAUUAAGUAAAGUUAAAGUACCAAUGAUUGUCACACACACACUAGGUGUGGCGAAAUUAUUCUCUGCAUUUGACCCAUUACCCUUGAUCACCCCCUGGGAGGUGAGGGGAGCAGUGAGCAGCAGCGGUGGCCACGCCCGGGAAUCAUUUUUGGUGAUUUAACCCCCAAUUCCAACCCUUGAUGCUGAGUGCCAAGCAGGGAGGUAAGGGGUCCCAUUUUUAUAGUCUUUGGUAUGACUCGGCCGGGGUUUGAACUCACAACCUACCGAUCUCAUGCAGUAACAUAUUGUCAUUUGACAUCCUAUUAUUUUGUCAAAAUUAUUAAGGACAACUGGUAGAAAAUUAUAUGGGGAUAGGUUGAUUGGCAACACUGAAUUGGCCCUAGUGUGUGUCGUCUCAAUUUACAAAUAUUUUGCAACGGCUGCAAUCAGGUGGCGACUUGUCCAGGGUCUACCCCGCCUUUCGCCAGAAUACAGCUGGGAUAGGCUCCAGCACCCCCGCAAUCCCGAGAGGGACAAGCGGUAGAAAAUGAAUGGAUGAAUGGCUGCAAUGUUGUUUUAAAGGGCUUGUAUGUAUAAUCAAUGUUGUGCCAAUGUCUUGUACCUGCUGGGUGUUCACUUUAAUAUCAUUAUAAAUCUGUCAAAUAUUCCUUUACUUCAGAUUAUAAAGUAGAAAUGAGCUGAUACACAUACAAUUAUCAGUGGAUAAUACAAAUCAUAAUAAUACCUCAUUAUUAUUAUCAUUAUGAUUAUAUUAUUAUCAGUGCAGGGUUAGAGCUCCCUGUCUUUAAAACCUAGUGACGCCUCUUUCUUACUUUAAUAGAGGGUCCUUGAACGCACCAAAGUUAUGUGCAGUGAGAUGCAAAAGGGAAGCUUGUUCAAAACUUCUAUGUUACACAGGUUUUAUUCUAUUUUUACCUUUCUUCCAUCACCUUAUCCUUGUUACAAAAUACAGGUGCUGUGUGUGUGAAUGCUUAAAGAUGAGCUUUGAUGACUUUAUGACGUCUGUGUUGAAUGACGUGUGAGAAGUUAGGAACGAACCAUUUCGCAUUUUUUGAUAGGGGGGGUGUCAACCAUCUGAUGCCAUUAAUACUACGGAAUAAGUCACUUUUUGUGACAUUUUUGCUUGGUUGUGUGCAACAAUUUUUUUAUGUAAACUUUGUGCUUCACCCUCAUUUUAGUAACAACUUGGAAAUACAGUAGUACCUUAAUUUACUGUAUGUGCUUAAUUGGUUCUCUGACAGCGCAUUUAACUCAAAACACUUGAAAUUAAUUGAAACCGUUUAAUUGUCGCCAGCCCCACCUCGAAAAACAGCACAAUUCUAACAUGUAUGAUGCCUUUUAAAAAUAAAAAUAAACUUUUAGAUAAAAAUAAUACAUUAGAAUAGUAGUACCUAGGGCUGCAGCUCUAUUGAUUAGUUUGUUUAGUUGAGUAAUGUGAUAAA